AUGACGGCCCACAUCCUCAUCCUGCUGUGGCUCUUCGCCUUCUCCGCCCUGGGGGACCCGGACUCCGCGGGCAGGAGGCCCUUGCACCAGGUCCUCCAGCACCGCGGGCGCCUCUGUUCCUUGGGCACAUGCCAAACGCACCACCUGUUGGAGAUCAUAUAUUGGCUCCGCUGCCUCCAACAAGGAGCCGUCGGGGAAGGCUGGCCGUGAGCCCCAGGACCCACACAGCUAUGGGCGCCGCCGGCGGCGCUAGACGAGAGCCCUGCUCCGUCCCCAGGACGCCGACCUGCAGCAAGGGAGCGAGCGCAGUGCCCAGCUCGCUGGGUGACUUUGGGCACCUCUGCUCCUUCCUUGGCCUCACGCCUCCUUCGUGCCAACUCAAUCCAUGCACCUCCCGCGAGUCGUUCUGGCGAGCCGAGCCGACCCCAAAGCACCCGUACCCCCUCACUGGGGUGGAAGCACGAGAUUCGCUCCUGCACCCCACGCGUGUGGCGUUAA